AUGAAGAACAAGAAGAGAAGAAAAGUGGCCGAUAAAAUACUCCCUCAAAGGGUGCGAGAUUUGGUGCCCGAGUCUCAAGCCUACAUGGAUCUUUUGUCAUUUGAGAGGAAACUUGAUUCGACUAUCAUGAGGAAACGGCUUGACAUACAGGAGGCACUAAAGAGACCAAUGAAGCAAAGAAAGAAGUUGAGAAUUUUCAUAUCAAACACAUUCUACCCAGCCAAACAUGAAACCGAGGAUGGGGAGGGUAGCGUGGCGUCAUGGGAGUUGAGGGUUGAAGGCAGAUUGAUGGAGGAGCCUCCUAAAGUUCACGACCCCAACAAGCUGAAGAAAAAGUUUUCAUCCUUCUUCAAAAGUCUGGUCAUCGAACUGGACAAGGACCUCUACGGACCGGACAACCACCUGGUGGAGUGGCACAGGACAGCAACUACCCAAGAGACGGAUGGCUUUCAGGUCAAAAGGCCGGGCGAUCAGAAUGUCAAGUGUACCCUGCUACUGAUGCUUGACUACCAGCCUCUGCAGUACAAGCUGGACAUUCGCCUGGCCCGUCUACUGGGCAUCCACACGCAGACGCGUCCGGUGGUCAUCAAUGCCCUGUGGCAGUACAUCAAGACGCACCAGCUGCAGGACGCACACGAGAGGGAGUUCAUCAACUGCGACAAGUACCUAGAACAGAUCUUGGAGUGCCAGAGAAUGAAGUUUUCAGAGAUUCCUUCCCGACUCUCCCCACUCCUUAUGCCUCCCGAUCCAAUUGUCAUCAACCAUGUCAUCGCGGUGGAGGGUCCUGAUGCCAAGAAGACAGCCUGCUACGACAUAGACGUUGAAGUGGACGACACGUUGAAACAGCAGAUGAGUAGUUUCUUGCUAUCCACACAAAGUCAACAGGAGAUUCAAGUUCUUGACAACAAGAUUCAUGAAACAGUCGAGACGAUCAACCAGUUGAAAACCAACCGGGAUUUUUUCCUCGGAUUCUCCAACAACCCGCAGGAGUUCAUCAACACGUGGCUGCUAUCACAGACCAGAGAUCUAAAGAUAAUGACUGAUGUAGCUGGCAAUCCAGAGGAAGAGAGGUAUGCAGAUUUCUAUCACCAGCCCUGGGCUCAAGAAGCUGUCAGUAGAUACUUUUACAACAAGGUGCAACAAAGGCGGAUUGAAUUAGAACUGGCUCUCGGGAUAAGGAAUAACUGA